AUGGAUUCGGAUUUAUAUGAUGAAUUUGGCAAUUACAUCGGCCCAGACUUAGACAGUGAUGAGGAUGAGGAGCAAAGCGUUUACGGCCAACAUGAUCAACAAGACCAUGAUGAAGAGAACAUAGACGAAGAAGAAGACCAUGUGGAUGAUGAAGAUAAAGAGGUGACGGCAGUUGUUUUACAUGAAGAUAAACGUUAUUAUCCAACAGCUAUGGAGAUUUAUGGUCCCGAUGUGGAGACCAUAGUACAAGAGGAGGAUGCCCAACCUUUGGAUAAGCCUUUAAUUGAGCCCGUAAAGAAAUUGAAAUUUCAAAUAAAAGAACAAGAAUUACCCGAAACUACAUAUAAUAUGGAGUUUAUGGCAGAUUUAAUGGAUACUCCGCCUCUUAUACGUAAUGUGGCCUUAGUUGGUCAUUUACAUCAUGGCAAGACAACGUUUGUCGAUUGUUUAAUCCGUCAAACACAUCCACAAUUUGAAAUGAACGAGGAACGCUCUUUACGCUAUACAGACACUUUAUUCACCGAACAAGAGCGGGGCGUCAGCAUCAAGGCUACGCCUGUAACUUUAGUUUUACAGGAUGUAAAACAGAAGAGCUAUUUAAUGAAUGUGUUCGAUACACCGGGUCAUGUGAAUUUUUCAGAUGAGGUUACCGCUGCUAUGCGCAUGUGCGACGGUGUCGUAGUAUUUGUAGAUGCUGCCGAGGGUGUCAUGUUAAACACCGAACGUCUUUUAAAGCAUGCCGUUCAGGAAAGAAUGGCCAUUACUUUAUGCAUCAAUAAGAUUGAUCGUUUAAUUUUGGAAUUGAAACUACCGCCCCAAGAUGCCUAUUUUAAAUUGAAGCAUAUCGUAGAAGAAGUGAACAGUUUAUUGAGUACUUACGGCGGUAUUGAGGAUACAGCCUUGGUCUCACCUACUUUAGGAAAUGUUUGCUUUGCCAGUUCGUUGUAUGGCUUCUGCUUUACUCUAAAAUCGUUUGCGAAACUUUAUGCCGAUACAUUCGAAGGUGUUAAUUAUGUGGAAUUUGCCAAAUGUCUUUGGGGCGAUAUGUACUUUCAUAACAACUCACGUAAGUUUACUAAAAAACCACCACACAAUUCGGCUAAGCGAAGUUUCGUUGAGUUCAUUUUGGAACCGAUGUACAAAUUAAUUGCUCAAGUGGUUGGCGAUGUCGAUACAAUGUUGGCGGAUACAUUAGCGGGAUUAAAUAUUCGCGUAACUAAAGAGGAAAUGAAAUUCAAUAUACGGCCUCUGUUGCGUUUAGUUUGCAAUCGUUUUGUCGGUGAUUUUAGUGGUUUUGUUAAUAUGUGCGUCGAACAUAUCCGUUCACCCCUGGACAAUGCAAAAUGCAAGGUCGAUCAUAUAUACACGGGGCCGAAAGAGGGUGAAAUUUACAAUGAUAUGAUGCAAUGUAAUCAAAAUGGUACUUUAAUGGUUCAUAGUGCAAAAAUGUAUCCCACUGACGAUUGUACAUUCUUCCAGGUAAUGGCCCGUGUAGCUUCUGGUACUUUACGCGCCGGUCAAGAAGUACGCGUUUUGGGUGAGAAUUAUACGUUGCAAGACGAAGAAGAUUCUCGUAUUUUGCAAGUCGGGCGUUUAUGGGUAUACGAAGCGCGUUACAAAGUAGAAUUGAACCGGGUGCCCGCUGGUAAUUGGGUGCUAAUUGAAGGCAUUGACCAAUGCAUUGUAAAAACAUCGACCAUAGUGGAUGUAAACGCCCCCGAGGAUUUAUACAUUUUUCGCCCUUUAAAGUUUAACACUCAAAGUAUAAUUAAAAUAGCUGUCGAGCCCGUUAAUCCUUCGGAAUUGCCUAAAAUGUUAGAUGGCCUACGUAAAGUAAAUAAAUCUUAUCCUCUUCUCUCUACUCGUGUUGAAGAAUCGGGUGAACAUGUAAUAUUAGGUACUGGCGAAUUAUAUCUGGAUUGUGUUAUGCAUGAUUUGAGAAAAAUGUAUUCAGAAAUCGAUAUCAAAGUCGCCGAUCCAGUGGUGGCAUUUUGCGAAACUGUCGUGGAAACCAGUUCACUUAAAUGUUUCGCUGAAACGCCUAAUAAAAAGAAUAAAAUUACCAUGAUCGCGGAACCCUUGGAGAAAGGUCUCGCUGAAGACAUCGAGAAUGAAGUGGUAUCUAUCAAUUGGAAUAAAAAGAGACUGGGAGAAUUCUUUCAAGUUAAUUAUGAUUGGGAUUUAUUGGCUGCCCGAUCGAUUUGGGCUUUUGGACCUGAUGCAACUGGGCCUAAUAUACUAGUGGACGAUACACUUCCCUCUGAAGUGGAUAAGAAUUUACUAACCUCAGUGAAAGAUUCAAUUGUUCAAGGUUUUCAGUGGGGCACGCGUGAAGGACCUCUUUGUGAAGAACCAAUACGUAACGUGAAAUUUAAAAUAUUGAAUGCCGAUAUAGCCAGCGAAGCAUUGCACAGAGGCGGUGGUCAAGUAAUACCAACAGCGAGACGUGUAGCAUAUUCGGCUUUUCUAAUGGCGACACCACGUCUUAUGGAGCCUUAUCUAUUUGUUGAAGUACAAGCCCCAGCCGAUUGUGUUUCCGCUGUUUAUACCGUACUAGCUCGUCGAAGGGGUCAUGUCACACAGGAUGCGCCCGUUUCAGGAUCGCCCCUCUAUACGAUAAAGGCUUUUAUUCCUGCUAUCGACUCAUUUGGUUUCGAAACUGAUUUGCGUACACAUACGCAGGGUCAAGCUUUCUGUCUGUCAGUAUUCCAUCAUUGGCAAAUCGUUCCUGGCGAUCCUUUGGAUAAAUCAAUUGUUAUACGUCCUUUAGAGCCGCAACAAGCUUCGCAUUUAGCACGUGAAUUUAUGAUUAAAACACGGCGCCGUAAAGGUCUCUCCGAAGAUGUCUCCAUUAAUAAAUUCUUCGAUGAUCCUAUGUUAUUGGAAUUAGCUCGACAAGAUGUUUUACUCAACUAUCCCUUGUAAGAGAACCUUUUCAAUAAAAUCAUAGUCUCUCGCAA